AUGGGGGUCAUUGAGAGCUCUGCUCAAAGCGUAAGCUUCAUAGCAUUGGGCAUUGCAACUGUGACCUUCGUCUACACCUUUUGGAGAUGUAUAUACAACAUUUAUUUUCACCCGUUGGCUCGGUUCCCUGGCCCUUUCUUGGCCAAGAUUUCGCCGAUAUACAGCAUUUGGGGCCUUUUCCGUGGUAGAUGGCCCUUCGACGUUCAUCAGCUACACCUCAAGUAUGGACCAGUACUGCGGCUGAUGCCGAAUGAGCUGGCCUUCAUUGAUCCUCAAGCAUGGAAGGAUAUUUAUGGCCACCGACAAGGCCAUCCGCAGUUUCACAAAGACCCCAUCCACGUUGGUUCUGUCCAAGACAUCCCUGGCUCAACAACAUUAACCAUGGCGGACGAUGACAACCAUAGCCGGCAGAGGAGGACUCUGGCCCAUGCAUUCAGCCAGAAGGCCUUGCUUGAGCAAGAGAGCAUUAUUCGCGGUUACGUUGACCUUCUCAUCACCAAGCUGACACCAUUUGCGGCGAGCGGGAAGCAUAUCAACAUGUGCGACUGGUUCAACUUCACCACCUUUGACAUUAUUGGCGAUAUGGCAUUCGGACGGCCGUUUGGCUGCCUCCGCGAGGGUGUCUUUCACUCCUGGGUGUCCCUCAUCACGCAGACCAUCAAGGCCGGCGCGUUCGAGCAGGCCACGCGACGCAUGUUCAAGACAAACAGCUGGCCGCAGCAAAUGUUGGUGAAAUUGAUCCCCAGUGACCUCAGAGAAAAGAGAUUUCGCCACCUGGAAUUGAGCCGUGAAAAGUGUCUGCAGCGUAUUGAGGAGGGGCUUACGCGCGAGCAUAAUGACUUCCUAUAUUAUAUCCUGCGGCAGAACGAAAAGGGUGGCGUCAGUCAGAACGAGAUCAUUCUCAACAGCGCACUAUUCAUCGUUGCAGGCUCCGAGACCACAGCCUCUCUGCUGUCUGGUCUGCUGAUGUGGCUCCUGCGCACACCACACGCCUACAAGAAGCUCACCAACGAGAUCCGCUCGAACUUCACCGAAGCCAAGGCCAUGACUUUCCUCGAACUGCAGGAGCUGACUUAUAUGAACGCCUGCAUCGACGAGGCGCUGCGCAUCUUCCCGCCAAUCCCCACCGGACUGACCCGGACGGUGCCCAAGGGCGGGGACACGGUGGCCGGCGAGUUCAUCCAGGGCGGGACCACGGUGUCCGUGUACGCGUGGGCGGCCACGCACUCGCCGUGUAACUUCGUCCGCCCGGACGACUUCCUUCCCGAGCGGUGGCUGGAAACCAAGUACGACGGGGACAAGAAGGAGGCGAGUCAGGCUUUCAGCCUAGGGCCCCGGGCGUGCAUCGGAAAGCACCUGAGCUACCUGGAGCUGCGGCUGAUCCUUGCCAACCUGCUCUGGCACUUUGACGUCGAGAGGGCGGACCGCGACGCGCCUGUCGACGUGUGGGAUCCCGCGAAUCACCUCCAGCACGUCAAGGCCUUCAAUACGUGGAACAAGCCGCCGUUGAUGUGCAAGCUGACGCCUGUCAAGAGGUAA